GAUGGUGCUCGCGACCAGCGUGGCCGGUGCAGCGGCGGCGGGCGCCCGCCUGCCCCGCACCUCACCGCCCUCCCCCCAUUCGACAUCUUCAGCCGCGCCCCGCCUCCCUCAGAGGAACCUCACCCUGGCUGCAAGGUCUUCAGUUAGAAACAGGGAACAGUAUAUCUUUAAUGUUUUCGAAGUAAUAGUAAGCACUUUGGAAACCAAAUUACAAAGAAUUGAAAACCUUGACAAGGCCGUGGAACAUCUAAUGAGAAGAGUGGAAGCUCUAGACUCGAGAGUAAACGACAAUAUACAUAAGACUGACGCCAUUAUUUCAAAAUUAGGAAACCUCGACCUGAAACUGUUCAGCCACAUAAGCCAGGGCGACCAUGACUCUGUAACUGAAAAUGCUUUUAAAAGGCAGAACGAAAAUGUGUUCAGUGAUGCUAAGAUACUCGAUAAAAAAUUAGAAUCCCUCGAUCAGAAAGUGUCUGAUAUAGAUUCCAAGCUUGUGGGUCUUAAAAACCAAAUAGAUAAUAAUUUUUUGCCGGUGGAUGAUAUCAACGCAGAAGCCAGCGAAAAGAAGCCUAUCAAUUUAAAUGUUAUAGAAAUUGCAAAAGGUCUCAAUACCGAAGUAAUUAAUGAAAUCACGAAAGAAGUAGAUCAGUUGCGGUCCUCAAUGACAACAGUAGAUCGCAAAUUACAAUUCCAUAUAAAUCUUGUUUCCGAAAAUUUGGGCAAGGUAUUAUACAUGAUGGCCGAUGUUCACUCAGCGAUUGUAGAGCCAGAAGCAGCGUCCAUUAACGUCAACAGUUUAUUCAAGAACAGAACAGCAACUAGCACGCAAGCUCCAGUAGCAAAAUCCAGCAAGAUCGACAAUCUUGUAAAGAAAAUAAUACCGAUGAUGAGUGUUUCUGAAAAAAAACAUGAAGUCUGGGAUGUUGUAGUGGGUACUAAAAGUUCUGUUGAUGACUUAGUUCCCAAAUCCGAUGAAUUGCUGACUCAAACACAACGACAGGAGCGUGCUAUUGGGCAAAUUCACAACGAUCUGAGAGUAAAAACAAAUCUUAUAAUUGAGAACUUAGAUAUGGUAGAGAAAAGGUUAAAGAAGCAGGAGGAUGAUGUGGCAACGUUAGCUCAAAGGCCGGUCCCUGCCGAGCUGCUGCUGGACCCGACCAUCGAUAGACUGGUGGAGUACGCCCCCAACCGGUACCGAGUGGACGAGCCUACUACCGAUCCCAGCACCAGUACCGCUGCCGCUACCACUUCUUCCUCAAUGAAUAACAGCCCAAGCAAUUCGACACCGAGUCCGACAGUAACAGUGACACCAACGAGCACAGGCAGUACAGGCGCACCCGCCAACAGCACUAACGCGCGCCCAGCCAGUCGCAAGGGUGGCAUCAUCUUCCCCAGUGUUAAGAACAAGCCCAUCAUCGGCAACAACACAUUCGCCUCGGAAAUAGUCGCCAACUACAAAGAUGUCAAAGGUUACUCGUGCGUAGAUCUCCUGAACGCCGGCAUGCGAGAAUCAGGUGUCUACUACCUACAAAUUCGCGGGACCACGUACUGGUUCCUCAAGGUCUACUGUGAGCAGAAUGUUGCCGAUGGUGGUUGGACUGUGAUUCAUCGGCGUGAUGACUUCGGGCAACCUCCAGAGAACUUCAAUCGAGAUUGGAAUGACUACAAAAACGGGUUUGGGGACCCUAGCAAGGAAUUUUGGCUAGGCAACGAGAAUAUUUAUAUGCUCACAAACAAUGAUGACUACAUGAUCAGGGUCGAACUUGAAGACUUCGAUGGCAACAAGAGAUAUGCGCAGUAUUCGCACUUCAAGAUUUAUUCAGAAGCGGAAUACUACAAAUUGGAGAUCGACGGAUACGAAGGUAAUGCUGGCGACUCGCUGAACGACCCAUGGUACGGUUCCAACAAUAGCCCGUUCUCCACUUAUAACAGAGAUAACGACCGAUCGUCCCUAAACUGCGCAUCAAUGCUGAAGGGCGGAUGGUGGUGGAAAUCCUGCGGCCGCGGGCUUAAUGGCCUCUACCUGCACGACCCACAGGACCUCACCGCCAGACAAGGAAUCGUCUGGUUCCGCUGGCGAGGUUGGGACUAUACUCUAAAGCGCGCCUCGAUGAUGAUAAAGCCCAAGGGCCUGCAGCCCAACACGUGAGCGCCUCUUCCGGCUGCACACUUCGCCUACCAGCCUCUGUUCACUCAUUACCUGGACUCGACUAAACCAGGCGCCAUUUUUACAAUGUACCGACCAUCUAAAAAGUUACAAAAGAAUGUAUGGAUUAUUUUUUUUCAGAAAUAUUGUAGCCACGGAUACGCUAUCACUUUAUAUUCAUAUUAUAAAAUACUUAAAACUAUUUCAGAAGGAUCUGACCCAAUAUACAACACAAAUUGUUUACCCCACGGUUAGGGACAAAUGUAGCUGAAUACGCAAGCGUAAAUAUGGCCGCACAAUAGACUUAUUAGGGAGUCACCAUACUUAUCGACAUGGAACCGCAUUAAGCCGAUCAGAAAAAUCCGUAUGUCCACGUACUAAAAGAAAAAAUGACUUACGUUUCACGUCGGGGACACAAGCGGAAACAAAAUGUCUUUUUCGCUAUUAUUGCAUGGAUAUAAAGGUUUUUUGACCGGCGCAAGGCGAUUCCACGGAGAUAAAUGUACUGAAUCCCUUAAUAUACAUACAUUGGACGAGCCAUAUUGUGAACACAGAAAUAAUUAACCACACUUUCAGUGCCUCCGCGGUAGUUUGGCAUAUAAUUUUCGAUACAUUUUGCUUCACGAGUUAAUAUAAAACGCACCAUAUUAAGCGUUAAAUUUCCGCUCGUGUUACACUAUGUAUUAAAAAAUACAUUCGCUAAAAUGUUUUCAACGAGCCAGUGUAUUGUAAAAAGCAAGAAAUAUAGCCGCAAUAUUUUAGAUUUGUCGAGUGAUCUGCGGCGUGCAAAAUAUGCGUGCAUAUCGUCGUAUUAUGCGAUUAUUCCGCUAGAUUUUGUCCUUAGCCUAAAUAUAUUAAAUUAUUUUUUCUUAGCUCUAGUUACAAAAAGGGCAAUACCAUUAUAAAUAAAUUCCAUGUUUGUUACAAUACAGUAUUGCUCUUACUAUUUCAACUAGAAUAAUAUUAACAAUGACACCAUUUUAGUGGUGAUUGUAAUCGCAUUACAGAAAUGUAAUGUUAAGACGAAGUUCUGUGAUAUUCAAUGACACGUGAAGUAGAAUUACAAGAAAACAUAAAAAGGAUCGAAUCCGAGUAAUGAACUUGAACAUCGCAGGCAGCUGUUCGCUCAAAUAUCUAUCUGUAUCUGUAAAUAAACACUUCUCUAUCGAUCACUAUCCCACAAGUCCACCCCAUGUUCUUUAUAUUUUACUCUAAGCUUUAAGCUAUAUGAGUCAGCACACUUCAGUACCGUGCCCGUACUAAAAUGACACAUAAUUUAGAUGAACUAUUGUAUGAUUGAAACAAUUACUUAUGUAUAUUGUAUAUAGUACAGUAUAAUAGGAUGACAUUCGUAUUACGGCACCGGCGCGCGGCGAUGUUCUUCCACAUAGAUGAACUCGCACGGACGAGCGCAGUAUUGAAACGUGCUAACGUAUACGUAGUUUAUACAUCAUUGUAAAUAACAAAUUUGUAUCAUCAAUGUGCCACAUCACGUCCAAAAUUCAUUAAUUUAUUGUUCAUUUAACUUGGUACAUGAACCGUUCGAUAAGUAGAUUUAUUAUUUAGUUUUAAGGAGAAAUUAUAAUAAGAUGUAAAUAAUUAAUUUUGAUAAGACGCAACCAGAGCGGUGUUACCAGAAGCUGAGGAACUUUCUAUCCCCCUCACGUCUCGCCAUUUGUGAGUCAGUGUCCAACGAUCAUAAUCUGUUCCUUAGAUUAAAGUUUCUCUUUCUGUAUUUCAUUGCGCCAUAUGUUCAUGUAUUUAGUAUACUUAGAAAUAUAUAUAUAAUCAUAUAACUUAUUUCAAAAGAAAUCCAUGACAUUUUGCACCCUCUCUUCGCACAGCAAUCACUACGUCUUCACAAGUGAUUUUAUUAUUUUUGUUGGUGUCACUGGGAUGAAAGCUCCAACACGUUGUGACAGUUAUAAUAUUACAUAGUCGUAUAUGACAUUCCUUGACAACCCAUGUAAAACUAAGUAGCAAAUAAGAAACGUCCAGUGGCAUGCCCCACAAUAUUUCAUGUUAAAAUAAUUCUACGGGAUAGAUUUAAUACACCUAAAAAUUUGGAGGCAUGAAUCUAUAGUUCUCGUAACUUAUCUGUUCAAAUAAUUGCACCUGAUUAACUAUUGAUAUUCUAAUGAAACAAUGCAAGAUAUCUAUAAAAAAUCCAUGAAUAGCAAACCAGCGGAUGGGUAUCAAUAAGCAUUCGCGUUCGCCAGGAGAUGAAAUGUUUGCAAGUUUAUAUUACUAACAUUAUAUACAAGAACUUUUGUUCCAGACUUUUUACAAAACAUAAUAAAUUUACCAAAAAUAAACUUUUGAGUUGUAGUUAUACUAUCUAACAUUUUUCAGAUCUGUAUGUGGUAGGCAGUAGUUUAAACGUGGAAGGAUCCUCCCUGACGAGCUCCACUUUCUUUUGUUACCGCACAGGGUUAUCACCGUUUAGAAAGCGAUCUAUUUAAAUA